AUGGGGGAUCAAGAAAGGAGUAAAGGUAAAAGUAAAGUUAAUGGAAAUUAUGCAUUAUGGGCACCUGAGGAGAGUAAUGAGUUGUUACAACUUAUGGUUGAUGCGAUAAAAAAUGGAUGGCGUGAUAGUAGUGGGGGUUUAAGCAAGUUAACUGUGGAGAAGAGGAUACUUCCGGCUCUUAAUGAAAAGCUUGGUUGUCAAAGAUCGUAUGCACAAUACCAAAGCAGAUUGAAAUGGUUCAAGCAUCGUUUUAACAAUUUUUCUGAGCUUAUGCGUCAUAAUUCUGGAUUUGGUUGGGAUCCAAUCACAAAGAGGUUUACUGCUAGCGAUGAGGUGUGGGAAGAUUAUUUUAAGUCUCAUCCUACUCAUAAAAAUCUACGGACAGAUACGAUUGCUGACUAUGAUGAUUUAGCAUUUGUAUUUGGAAGUAGUACUGCUGUAGGAAAAAACUCUAUCGGAUUGGGUGAUGAAACUGAUGCAAGAAUCUAUAGUGUUGAAGAAGAUAAUCAGUGUAGAAUUGAUCAACUACACUUUGAUUUUGCUAACGAUGGAUUUACACAAAAUGAUAUACAAGUAGAUUCUCAAGAUCCACGAUUAUCACAAUAUACUUCAUCAGCACCUCAAGAGAUAAAUGUGGAAGCAACUUCAACAAAGUAUUAUAAGAGAAAAAGGAAUAGAACUGAAUAUGAAGGAAAUAGUAGUUCAACAGAGGAAACAAAUCGAUCUAAUGUGUUAGAUAAAUUAUCUAAUACUCUUGAUUCGAUUGCGGCUGAUAUCCAUAUUUUGGUGCAAAAAAGGGUAAAAGAAAGUGGUUGUUGGGAUGCUAUUAAGGAACUCCCUGACUUGGAUAGUGAUACUUGUUUCAAGGUUUUGGAAUGGCUGAACACCAAAUCAAAGAAAGAUACAUUUAUAAAUAUGUCACCCCAAGAUCGCUAUAAGUGGAUAAUGUUCAAAUUGUCCAAAUGA